CGGGGCGGCCCCUCCGGUCAGUCUCUGCCCCGGGCGCCGCCGCGCAGCUGGACGCGCCGAGUGGAAGGCUGGACUUGAUCUCAGCUCCAGAGCCUGCCCUCUCUUCCUCCCAGGCUGUAGGCCUAGGAACUUCAGCUGGCUGGAGCUCCAGCCAUGGCUGCAAUCCGAAAGAAGCUGGUGAUUGUGGGGGAUGGUGCUUGUGGGAAGACCUGCCUCCUCAUCGUCUUCAGCAAGGACCAGUUCCCGGAGGUCUAUGUCCCCACCGUCUUCGAGAACUACAUCGCAGACAUAGAGGUGGAUGGCAAGCAGGUGGAGCUGGCCCUGUGGGACACAGCGGGCCAGGAAGACUAUGACCGCCUGAGGCCUCUCUCCUACCCGGACACUGACGUCAUCCUCAUGUGUUUCUCCAUCGACAGCCCCGACAGCCUGGAAAACAUUCCUGAGAAGUGGACCCCGGAGGUGAAGCACUUCUGCCCCAACGUGCCCAUCAUCCUGGUGGGGAACAAGAAGGACCUGAGGCAAGAUGAGCACACCAGGAGAGAGCUGGCCAAGAUGAAGCAGGAACCUGUUCGAUCUGAGGAAGGCCGGGACAUGGCAAACCGGAUCAGUGCCUUUGGCUACCUCGAGUGCUCAGCCAAGACCAAGGAAGGGGUGCGGGAAGUAUUUGAGAUGGCCACUCGAGCUGGCCUCCAGGUCCGCAAGAAUAAGCGCCGGAAGGGCUGUCCUAUCCUCUGAGAUCUCCCAUGCCUCCCCUACUUCCCUCCCUUCACAGGGGUGCAGAAACUACCCGUCUCCCUAAGUCUCAUCCUCUUAGGGCUUCAUGCCAAAGGCUCCUUCCAGUUCCCUCCAGCCCAGGACUGCAUUGAGUUGCCCCAGCCGAGGACAGUGUGGUAGGUCCUUCCCCCGCCCAGUGCUCCGGUCACUUGGGCCUGUGCCCCGCCCCCCAGAUGGAGUCCCUUCUCCCUAGCCAUGGCCAGGUUCUCGACCCCUUUGGCUUCCCCAGAGAAUCAUCACUCACCAGCACUUUAUACACUUCUGGCUCACUAGAGGGUCUGGGGUAGGGGACUGGGAGGGUGUAACCCAGAGAGAAACCCCCUGCCCCCACCCCCACUCCCUGUUUCUGGUGUGGACAGGGCCUUUCCUCUGGCUGUCCUUGGUGGGGGCCAUGAAUAAAGGCCACAGCUCCAAUGUGUGUGACAGCUUCCGGCCCUUCUCUCCUGGUCUCUGUCUUGGCUGUGAGCCUGGAGCCCCAUCUUUCCUUGUUUGCAAGUCACCUGCAAUGCUGGCCCUUGUCUGCAAAGGCAGGACUCAGGGCAGGCCGGGUGGAGUCUUGGAGCAAAGGAUGAGAUCAUGCCUGGCUCCAGGCCUGGGAGGCGGGCGAGGGGAGUGGUCUGGUGCAGGGGCUAAACUUAGAAGCCUGUGGGUGGCUUCCCUGCCACCUCCUACUGGGUUUCCUCCCCUGGCCCUGGGGGCGCCUCUCCUCUUGUGGGGAAGGGACACAGCCCUCACGGGGGUCUGGGUCAGCUUGGGAGCUCAGGAAGCUGGGCCAGGCUGAGUCACAAAGACUUUUGCAUAGAACAAGAUUUUGUUUUCAGAGUUUUUCUUCUCCCUGCAUUUGUUAG